AUGGACAGAAUGGGAAAGGUCUCACUACCAAUAUACAGAAAAAGGAAAAUUGGACUUACCGGAGAAAGGCAUCGCAUACUCAAUUUUAAACACUUUGUUGCCUUGAAGGAGGACCAAAUUUCACCAGAGAAAGCCUUCCAAGAAUAUUCUAAAUACCUGCUAGAUUUUCUAAACAACGAAAUCACACUCUACUUCGAUAAAUACGAGCACUUGCCGUUUUUCCUUGAGAAAUUUCACCCCUAUUACCUGGAGAAGGGGUUCGAGUUAUCUAGGGCGUCGUUUCUGAACAACUUCGAGUCUGGAAAAUUCAACGAACUGCUACUCGAAAUCAGCUACAAGAGGUUAUACGGCAAAUCGUCAUCAGACGAACACCCCCUCCCAGAGUCAGCAUACACCCUAAACGAGUGGGCGUUGGAGGUCCCAGUCGAAUACCCCGUGGAUCAAACAUCAUUCAAGAAACUCCACCUCAAGACACCACUAGAGACUUCCCUGCUGGUCGAUGUGCCGUCUUCAGUUUUCAUUUUCCAACUGGUGGACGCACUUAACCCCUACUACCAGAAUCUACCGAUAUACUUUGCAGAGCAUGACAAAAUCAGGACAGCAUUCAUCACAGUCCCCGAGACUGAGGAUCUGAACCAGGUCUCAGAAUUUCUAAACUCGCAGAAGAUUAAGCUGGAGGACAUCGUGCUGGUUUUCAGGCCCUGUAAUCCAAUUAGGGAGAAACUACCCUUGUUCAUUUGCCCACCAAUAUGCUCACAUCCAACCAUCAUUAAUCGAGACCUCAACCUCACAUCAAAAUUAAUACGGAAGCUAGGUAAUAGAACAAAUUAG